UUCUCAUUCUACGUGACUUUACCAAAAGAACCAAAGAAGGUGUAUACAUGAAUUUCGUGGUAGGCAAGUCCGCGGUUGGCAAGGGAUUGCUAUACAGGCAUUAUGUACAGAGGUGAUGCUUGUCUGUGGUGUGAUGGUGUGUCUGCAUCCAGGCUAACAUUCUCCGAAGCACUAGGAGAUGUGAUUUGCCGGCAUGGUGAGACGGAGCCAACGACUGCCCCUCUGUGUUUGGUGUUGGCACACGCCGUGUUUGCCGGGUCUGGUGCCCACGGGAAGGCAGCUGAGGCCCUGUGCUGCCAAGGCCGAGUGCAGGGAGCUCUUGCCUAUGUCCACACCUGUGACUCUUUCAGCAUGGAGGACUGCAUAUACCUGGUUCUCCGCUGUGCCAGCGUGGAACUAGUCCGGGGUCUCACUCAGGGCUGGCGGGGACGGCUCCCCAUGCUAUCCCUGGGACUGGUAGCCUCAGUCCUGGUGUCUGCCCAGCGGACUUGCUACGCCAUGCAGCUCCUGCGUGCCAUCUACAGCUGCGGGCCAGACUGUCUCCGAGAAGCCAUCGAGCACGACGCCGUGUGCCCCUCGCCCGGCUGGCGGGGCCUUGCAGAGGAGUGCGAGCGCCACAGCUGCUCUGACCUGGCGACCGCCAUCAUCGCUGCCGUGGCCCCCAUGCCGCUGAGGAGGCUGGACCAUGAUGAGGGCUGGGCCGAGACUGCAGGGGAUGCCCAGCUUCCUAAAGGGCGAGACAACAGCGAGGGACGCUCGCUCAUGGAGCACGUGUUUUACUGAGUGACUGUCACCCAGCAUAAGCCCCUAAAUAAAUAAAAAUGUUGACACUGGCAGUAGGACUGCCACUUGUCUGGUUUCGACUCAAGACAGUCGAGGUGGCAGGAAUUAAUAUGUACCGAUAUCUGGUGGAAUUCUGUUUAAGUUUAUUACAAUUUAGUGCACAGUAUUGAUACACCGAAGGUCCUACGCUGACUGAGAAAUAUGCCUGUCUGGGUUUGGUCUGUAGAAAAUGUGUCAAUCCUUUCUGGUUGUGGUCUUUGCAGGCACCACUGUGCAUUGGGCAUGGUGGCGGUGGUAAGACGCACCUGUGAUCCAACAGAAUGGGAGCGAGGUUUGUGGGUUGUAUGUAUGUUGAACUUAUUUUUCACCAUAUGUUGCCAACCGUGCUAAUCGGAGGUACAUUAAGACAUCUGUGUGUGUUAUAAAUUAUAGGUUGAAUGGUCUUUAGAAGGCAGAACAGCAAGUGUGGUGGGGCGGGGAUUCG